AUGAUAGAACUUUCAAAUAAUACAUUGACAGCUAAUGAAUUAAGAAAUGAUCGAGAUACAAUCAAUGCCGAUACUACACUUAUCGAAGGAACAACAACGCCAGAUGAAGGACCAGUAGCUGAGCGAUCAUCUCAGAAUAUGACUCGACGUAAAUUAAAGAUUUUUGUUUCUAUUGCCGUUGCUGUUGGUGUAAUUAUAUUAGUUAUCUUAAUACCUAUAUUAGGUCUUCGAAAGAAUGCUUAA